UUUAAUAAGCAACGGAAGGUUGUCGAAGAUCAUUGCCAUCGCCGAAUUCACUUGCAACUGCAUUUGCAAAACUGUACCUGCUUGCUUUUUCAGUGCACAGUGCCCAACGAUCUACAGUACCUAUAAGAAUCGGUAAUACGUAUUGUAUUUUGCUGAUUAUUGUCAUCCUUUAUCAGUUACCACCUAUAGAUAUUGACGUAUCACGUUUUGAUUCUGUAUUCUACAAUCUCCCGCAUUAAUCUUGUUCCGAAAUGGACUUCCUUAACCCAUUAGGCUUGAUUUUCUUCGUUUUAAUUGGUUACGCUGCCAGUCAAACGGCGGUUAACGAAACAUCGCCGGUACCGGCCUUAAACGCCACGGUCCCUGUUGACAGCAACAAUGCAUCCACAGCUAAUUCCAGUGCAGUGCUCUCAAACAAUUCAUCAGUUCCGGAUACAAACACUCCAGCCGCCAGUGCAACCGUAGAAUCGUCAUCCAACGGCACGAACGCAAAUUCUAGUCUUCCGACUACCACACCAGACGCCGGAAGUGACGCUAACGUCACCGCUGCUCCCGUUGCUCCCCAGGCGACGGAUGCCUCCAUAGCUGAAACAGAAACGUUGUCAUCCGCUGAAGCGCCCGUUACUAGCGCUUCCGGUCCCGGAGCCGGUCCGACGGUAUCGAUCGUUCCAGCAGGAAGUGAUGCCAUUGAACCAGAUACGGUCACUCCUGUUGCCGUUACUGAGCCACUGCCGACGAUGCCACCGGCACCUGUUGCGCCUCCUGUGGCUGCACUGCGUCCGGUAUCGAAUCCAAAUCCCCCAGCCCCGGCAUCACCCGUGGGACGCAAUUUGGCCGAUAUUGCCGCUACCAACGCAAAUCGUCCCAGUGCCGGCUUUCUGUUCGGUGUGGCCUUCAACCCGAAUCCCCAGUGGUCAGCGGUAGGCAUGCGCAACUUGCAAGUGCCCGAAGUGUGGCAGGCGUUGGACUCUCUGGGCCGCAAAUCCGCCUUGGAUGCUCAAGCCCUGUCGGAGCUGUUGAUCAGCGCAGUAGCGGGCAAGGACUAUCCCAUUCGUGCUGAUAUUCCCGACAUCCAGUCGUUUUCCUGUGAAAAGGUCAAUCAAGCCGGUUUCUAUGCUGAUGCCGAUUUCCAGUGCCAAGUGAUCCGUCGGUGUGAUCUUAAUAAUAUCAUGUGGAGCUACAUUUGUCCAAAUAUGACCGUUUUUAAUCAGAUCACCCUUACAUGUGACUGGUUCUUCAAUGUGGACUGUUCUAAAGCUCAAAACUUUUAUGACUAUUCCAACUCUCGUCUUUAUCAUGACGAAUGGGUGCUUCUUGAUGAUUCGCAAGUCACCCAACAACUUGGUGCCGUUGCCGAACCUCCCCGUGCCGUAGUAGCACCGGCCGCCGUGCGCCCACCUGUUGUCCCCGCACCACAACCGUCACGACCGAGCGUUGUCGCUGUCCAGCCAUCCCGUGGAUAUUCCAUCCCUCCCGCUACCACCUCCCGCCCGGUGCCGCCGCCUACACAACCACCACGCAGUAGUGCUCUCGGAGGGGCACAGCAGCCAGUUCCCAGCCUACCACGCCCCGUUGGCACUCCUGUCGCACCGCAAUCCGCACCAUUCCGAGGCAAUCAAAUCCCGCCGACAGCUAGCGUCACUAGCAAUCAGAUUGCCGGAGUGUCUCCAUAUCGACAGACUUUCACACCGACCAGCAACCAGUUUCUCUCGGGAGGACAACGGACGGGGUCACAAACGAAGACCCAGACUAUAGGAGGGCAACGGCAGUCGAUGACCAUGAAUCGCAUGAGUCCUAUGAGUUUGACACCCGGUGUUCUUCCUACUCCGGCUGCCAAUACUUUUGGUCGCUCGGUCAGUCAACAGUCCAACACUGUUGCACGGUCCGGCUCUCCAAGUCCAUUCCCUGGUUUCAAUCGAUUCGCCCAAGGAAACCAAGGAUAGAUGAAGAGAUCAUCAACUUUGUUUGCCUUUUUGUUUUUUAUAUCUUCUACUUUUCCGUUUUUGUAACAUAUCGAUCCUUUUAUAUGCGCAGAAGUACUUGUUGCUUUUAUAUGAAAUAAA